AGAAGAGUUAUAACAACGUCGAAGUUUUCUUUUCUUCUGUUCGAAACGCGAAAAGCAGAUUUUAUUAUUCCCAACAAUUAGAAAAUUUUGCUAUUAAAUCGCCUUGAAUCGUGAUCGUUGCUAAAUUCUUAUACGCUUUGCUUGCAAAAAAUAAUGGCACAGUCAAAUCGCAACGAUGCCAAAAAGAAGGGAGUGAAACGUCCGUCCGCCUAUCCCACCACAUCUGAUGUCAACACAAAGAUAAACUGCCAAAUGCAACCGGCUCAAUCGUCGAAGCAUGUAGUUGAGGAAAUCAUGCAGAGACGCGUUUUUCUGGGCCGUAAUCAAGUGUUGGUCAGAUGGACGGGUUCCACAAAGUCGGAGUGGACGUGGGAGUUUCCCGAGUCAUUGGGCAAGGAUGUAGACAAAAAGAUAGCGCAAUUUGAUGCCAAAUAUGCUGCCAGUAAGAACGAUGCGCUGAGCCAGAUCGCGGAAGUUGACCUGAGCAGUCCAAGCAGCAACAGCAGCGACGAUGACGACCAGCAACAGCAGCAGCAGCAUGUGAAAAGCGUAAAGGACACCAAAGGCACUUCCCAAUACGCCUCGGAUGCGAGCCGGGAGCAAGGAUAUAGGCAGCAGUGCAUGUCUUCCAUUCCCAACAAGAUCAACUUAAAAAGUCUGGCUUGCAACAGUUUUGUGGCACCUCAGCGAAAUGCAUCCGCCAUAAGAUCAAACUCACAGCGCCGAACAGAUAGUCCUACAAAAUCGAGCCAACCGUUGUUGGCACAGGUGCCAUCAAAACCAUCGCUGUCCAGCUUCAUUUGCAGUCCCAGCAUCGCCAGCAGCAGUGCCAGUAGCGUCAGCACUCCCAGCAUCCCAGGUACCCCGGAGAUCAGCAGCAUCAGCCAACCGACUGGCAAAUGGAAUGCCAAUUUGAACAGUAACAGGAGUCCGAGCGGCCUUGAACUUGGACUCGAGCUGGAGAAGAUCAUCAGGUCGCACAAAAUGGGUGGUGAAACGUUUCUGGUGGUCAAAUGGAAGAGGACGUCAGCGCUGGAUCUGGUGAAGCUCAAAGAUGUCACUGAUCUCUAUCCGAACAUUGUUCUCGCGUAUUUUACGAGUCUCCCAAGGCGAAGAUAGAUAAAUAUGGUAAGUUCAAGACCUGCAACAUAAAUCAAAAUCCA